ACAUGUUCGGAUCCCACUACACUCUUGUCGUAUCGCCUUUCAAAGCUUUGGCUUACAUCUACAUAUGUUGGGAAGUCACUAUGUAGAACAGUUAUUUGCAGUAAUACCUUUCAUUCCGAGGUAGUGACCACAAAAGAAGAUUAUUUUUUUGUGGAUUUUUUACAUUAUUUUCCUUGCAUGAGCUGUGAAGUUACUUUCAAUAGGUUUGAGAUUUCUGUGUGCAAUUCCCUAGCACUUGACAGUCGCCUGAAAACUCUUGACACCCAAUCAGAAGAAUGAGUACGUACGGCUUAGCAUCAACUGAACAUCACCAUCAGUUUGCCAACAACUUUGACAAAGUUGCAGCUUACCACAAUGCUUUACAGAACAAUAAAGCUAACUUCUCCGUGAGUCACCUACUGGACUUGGAGGAACUACCCAGCGAAAACUGUGCCAUGUAUGCCAACACUGACCCCCAGCCAGGACUUCCAACCCAGGCGUGUACCCCGACCCUCAACGGAAAUCCCCCCGGAGCGGGAAUGACAGACCUAGGCAACAAUUCCCCCUCCCCGAUACAAGAGAGGAUGCAGCAGCCCUCACCGAGUGAUUGUAAAAGUCAGAGUGGCAACGAGGAUGAUGAUAAAGAUGACAAAGACAGCAAGAGGAGACGAAAGCAAAGACGCAACAGAACAACAUUUAACAGCAAUCAACUUGCAGCGUUGGAGCGAGUGUUCGAAAGGACGCAUUAUCCUGACGCGUUUGUUCGAGAGGAACUCGCGAGAAGAGUUAACCUGAGUGAGGCCCGAGUACAGGUUUGGUUCCAGAAUAGGAGAGCAAAAUUCAGGCGCAACGAAAGAAAUAUGAUGGCCCAAAGAGGUAACUUGUAUGGACGACCAGAGACGACACCUAUCGAGCAACCCAUAACGCCUAGACAAUCUUCCAUGGGACCCACCGAUACAAUGAACUGGUAUGCCCCUCCGGCUUACAGUCCCGCUUCAUCAUCUUCAAGUUGUGCUCUUGCAAAUCAUUCGUACUCCCCACCCCCUAAUAUUGGUUCAAGCAUAGCGUGUCUCAGGCUGAAAGCCCAGGAAUAUAACACUGUUAUGCAUAAUCCAUAUUCUCAUCAAAUGCCGCAAUGACCGGAGAGCAAAAUGACCGGGGAACAUUAAAAAUGUGACACCGUUCUGAUGUAAUUAAUGGUGAAGUGAUAUUGUGAUUGUAAUGUGGGAUAACUUUACCAACAACAUGUUCAUACGUGACGUGAUUGGAAUACAUGGAGAAGGCAGUGAUAUGUCGAUGCGAUAAAAACUCAGGAUACUAAUGCUAGUAUGGAAUACGGCCUCGUCAAGUGGUGAGAGCAAAGAAAGUGAGAUGGUACGACAGAUUCUGUCACCUACUGGAGGAGUAGAUAUGCUAGAUGUCUGAACGGAAGCAUUAUCGUCACAUCGAAUCAUUGUCAUCAACAUCAUUAUCGCUAACAUCAAAUAAUACUUGUCACAAAUUCCUGCAACUUAGUUUUCCCUUCUAUUUAUAAAUCAGUGGUUAAAAAGGACACCUACAUAUGAGGACCCCAAUGUCUGUGUCUAAGUAUUUCACAGGUGCGCAAAGCAUGAUUUUGUCUGUUUGUUUGUAAGAAUUGAUAUUUACUCGUCACAGGUUGUGGUUGUUGAAGUUGUAUAAUCACGUGAUCUGUAUGUUUACUGUUAUUCGAACACACUUGUUCCCCUUAUCCAUCCGUCCUAGCGUCGGCACUGUACAGGGGCUUCCAAACUUAAAUGUGUAGAUUUUUGUUUCAUAUAUCUGUUGAAUAUUGUCAUUUUUACAUGCACAUUUUAUCUGCUUGAAAUGAAAUGUAAAAGAGAAAAACAGAAGGUUCAUAAAGACAUAAUACUCGUAUAUGAUUUGUUAAAAAUUUGAGAUUUUUUUUAUGUGUUUACAGAUUUUUCGUAUGAAACAGUUGGAAAUCCUGUUGGUUGACUUUCUGAAUAUUUCUAUGCAAAAUGAGUUUUUUGUUGUCAUAUAAUUUUAACAUUUUUUCACAUGGCUGGUGAAGAAAUUCUUGACGUUUUAUUAAUGUUUCCGUCGUAGAAUUAGAUUUGAAUUUACUUAAAUUCUCUAUUCGUGCCUUGUCAAAAAAUGUUUUGAAAAAAAGAUAAACAACGAACUUCCAACUCAGAUGAAAUUUAUCACCCCAUAUUCAAUUUUUCUCUUGUUUAUGCGUCUUUUCCAGAUGAAAUUUUAAAUAGCGUUUUGUAAAUAUAUUUUGAAUAUUUUGAUACCGUUUAAUGUUUAUAUUGAGAUAUGCAAAAUAAAAAUGUUACAUAAA